AUGAGUGAGGUGGGUCCAAGAAGGCCCCCCCAGGACCAGUCCUCGGGGAGUGGGCACACAGUGACCACGUCACGUCACCCCUAUAUCACAGACCCCAUCGCCUCCAAGCACGUCUGCUUCUACAAGAGCGGUGACCCUCAGUUCAGUGGCCUGCGCAUGGCCAUCAACAGCCGCACCUUUAAGACCUUCGAUGCCCUCCUGGACAGCCUCUCCAAGAAGGUCCCGCUGCCGUUCGGAGUGAGGAACAUCACCACCCCGCGGGGUGUCCAUGCGGUGCACACACUAGAUGAACUGGAGGAUGGGAAGGCCUACAUCUGCUCAGACCAGCGGAAGGUCAAACCCAUCAACAUGGCAGCAGCCAGUAAGAAGCUUCCACCCUGGUACCAUGCCAGGCCCAUGAGCGCCCGCCGUCGGGCCUUGCAACUGGCCAAGCAGAACCCUGGCAGGCCCAUGCGCAAAAAACAACCUGUGACUGUGCGCACACCUAAGAGGCUAAUGGUGUUUCGGAAUGGGGACCCAAGUGUCAAGCACAAUAUGAUGCUACAGAAGAGGACCACUCCCACCUUUGAGGCGCUGCUGGAUUACGUGUCCGAGUUGAUGCACUUUCCUGUGGUCAAACUACACACACCGGAUGGAAGAAGGGUGGAUGGGCUCCCUGCUCUGAUUCUAUGCUCUGGUAUUGUAGUAGCUGCCGGUCGGGAGGCCUUUAAGUCUGGAAACUACAAGACACAGAGAUCUUCUGCUCCAACAUGGCUUCCUGCCAGGCGAAUGGCAUCUAAAAGACUAAAACAACCGGCACCCCAACAGUGUGGACAGUGGAUCUGGUUUUCUAACUACUGUUUUUCUUCUCUUUUUCUUCUUGCUUCUGGGGGAUUUGAUGACCUGCUGAAACAUCCUUACCUCCAAAAAAAUGUCCAUCCAUCAUUUUUCACAUUCUCUCCUUUGAUCCACUCCAAAGGGAAAAAGAAGUCUGUGUCCAGCAGCAAAUCACAUCUUUUCUCCUCAUCGUCAGAGAGAUACUUUGUGAAUCAGAUACACCACUCCGUUGCAGGAAGUCAGUGUGACCUCCCCAGUAACAACACGGGAUCUGUGGUGCUGGAGGCUGGCCAUUUUCUGGAGUCAGUUGCCGAAACGGACGCCGACACCUACAACGGACAUGAAGGGGCAGACAACUGUAUGCCCGGUGAUGAUGACAUUGAGAAGUCCUUUCGGGUGAACCAGGAUGGCAGCAUGACGGUGGAGAUGAAGGUACGACUGACCAUCAAGGAGGAGGAGACCCUCCACUGGACCACCACCCUGACCAGGUCCAGUGUGGCCAGCCAGCUCAGUGUGGCUGAGUCUGAGCUGGAGAUCAGAUCUCCUGAGUCCAAUGCCCUACCACCAACACAACCCAACGCCAUGGGCACCAUCAAUGGGUACAAUGCUAACAAGGAGGAUCAUGAUGAUGAGGAUGAUAUGUCUCCAGAGGCCAGUGGACUUACCAGUGUGGAAGGAGAUGAUGAGGAUAAUUCUAAAAUACAUGUCAGUGAGGUCUCUCUCAGGAGGGCUCCUACCCCAGGACCCAGGAGAUCCAGACAGAAGCAGGCCUCAUUGGAGAACAUCAACACACCAUUAGGAGAUGAGAUUCAGGAGAACAUUGUGGGAUCAUACUCCUACAUAGAGACAACUAAGAAUGGAGAGGUCAAAGAGGAGUACUGCAUGGUCAGACAAUGCAGCAGCAGGCCAGUCCCUAAACCAAGGAGAGUUGGCUCUAUGGAUAUCAACAAUUACAAUAAGACUCAAUCCACUUUUAAAUCAGGGGGGGCUGAGAUCUUACAGAUCCAAAAUGGCGAGGAGGAAGUCAGAGAAAGUGUAAUGCAGAUAUACGAGCAGCAGACCUGUCAGGACAAUUUCCUUGCUAACAGCCAGUACAAUGUCCAGGGUGUGUCCACGUAUGGUCUGAUGUAUAGGAGACCAGCCACCUCGGAAACAGCCCGCUUCUCCUCUAGCAAUGACUUAGAGAUGGAGCUGGAAAGACUCUCUACAGCCUCAGAGUCAAUCAGCGUGCGGAGGGCUGACCAGUCUCUGUCAUCUGACUUCACCAUACCCAGUUUUAAAGCUGGAGGAUCUGUCCGAAGACACAGGGUACUAAAUGUCCAUAAAACCAGUCUCUCCAAGCCCACCAAAGACAACGAGAUCCCAAAGUUGGUCUCUGAAGCAAGCAAAGAAAAUUCCACCACUAAAGCUGUAAAGAAAGUCAAGAAAAGGUUCUCAAAGACCAAGAUGAGAAAGUACCAGGAAAGCUUCACUAACUGGAACAUACCUGAAUUGAAUGCAAACAGUGUAAGCUGUGCUGAGGCUUUGAAAAUGAUAGAGUCUCUGAGAGAAAUUGCCAACAUAGAGGAUGCAGAGGAGUUGAAAGCUAGCCUGUCAGAUUUGCAAAAGUCUACUUCCUCACAACUGCUGCAAAGUUGGAAGGGCUUCCAGGAACUCAAUGACAAAGUCAGAAGUCGCAGCUCAGCGCUGAACAGUUCAGAGCAUGAUCUCUUGUUUGAGACACGCCCAGUGGAGGACUACAACAUUAAAGAAAAAGCACUGGACAUCGAUAAGCUAAUAAAUGAGCUUGAUGUGCCAGAAAAGGUCAAGGAAGCAUUGGCAGCCCUUUCAACAGGGGUGAGCAUGAGCAUGGAUGGGAAUGAAAUAAAAAUGUUUGAAAAAGCUAAUGAAAAAGUGGAGUCAUCCCCAGAGGGAAGGGUAAAUGCCAAUUCAACCUCAGUCCCUAAUGAAGAGGCUGCCAAAGAUAAUGUGCUUAAUAAAGAGGCUACUAUUGAUGUUAAAUCCAUCAUUAAAACAUUUACAAAUAUUCACCAUCCCAAAGAGGUGGCUGAAAAUACAAUGUCACCAAUCCCAGAGAGCCCAAGCAGUAGGCAAGAGCAGUACUUCUCCUCAGAAGAACACAGCUUUAAAGAGGAUUAUAUUUGCCACAGAAACAGACAGGCAGUGAAUAAGGAAGGUGCUGAACUUGAGCAGGACAACUGUGAAGAAGAGGAGGCUAAAUGUACAUACAAACAGGUUAACCAUGAUGAAGAACAGACAUCCUCAGAGAUAGAGCAAGCUUACAGUUUAGUAUUGCAUGAUGGCUAUUUGGACAAGCCAGCCUGUUCUGUGGAGGCUAAAGAGAAGGAUGGGGACAUACAAGCUGGCUAUGUGGAGGAGGAAGAAAGCUUGAAGAAAGAGCAAGAAUACUACAUUGAGAACCCACCAAGUCAUGUGGGGCAGGAGGUUACAUCUAUGGAGCUGCAGGUCAGCUGUAAGGAAAGCAUAGAAAAAGACCAGGCUAGCUCAGAGGAAGAACAUAAAUGUCAUGUUGAGGACCAAAUUAGCCAUGUGGUGUCAGAAAGUAAAUGUGUGGAGGAGGAAUGGUUGAAGGAAGAGCAACAAUGUUACAUAGAUGAUCAGCCAAGCUAUUGUGGGCUGCAGGUUAGCCGUGAGGAAAGCGAGUCCACCCCUGAGGAGCAGGCGAGCUCAGAGGAAGAACGUGAGUGUCACAUAGGCCAAAACCAUGAGGACCCAGAGGUCAAAUGCUUGGACCUGCAGGAUAGCAGUGAGAACGGAAAGUCCACCCCUAAAGAAGACCAGGCUAGCUCAGAUGAAGAGCUGGAACGUCAUGUUGCGAGCAAACCAACCCAUGAAGAGCCUGAGGUUAAAUGUACAGAUGUAAAGGUUAGCAGUGAGGAAAACAUGUCUAGUCUUGUAGAAGAGCAGACUAGCUUAGAGGAAGAACUCGAAUGUCACAUUGAGAACCAACCAAGUCACGAGGAGAAAGGGGUUAAAUGUACAGAUGUAAAGGUUAGCAGUGAGGAAAACAUGUCUAGUUUUGAAGAAGAUCAGGCUAGCUUAGAGGAAGAGCUCAAAUGUCACAUUGAGAACAAACCAAGUCACGAAGAGAAAGGGGUUAAAUGUAUAGAGAUGCAGGUUAGUAGAGAGGAAAGAGAGUAUACCCCUGAAGACGACCGGGCUAGCUUAGACGAGGAAGAGGAAAACCGUGCAGACAACCUUCCCAAUGCAAAUGCACACAUUUACGUGAAGGAUGAGCAGACUCACUUAUGGAUGAAGCAGACUACUGAAAAGGAAAUAGUGUCUACUGUCAUAGAAAUGAAGCCUAGCUUGGUCAAACAGCAUUCUAGCGAUGACAGGAUAGACAAGGACAGCGGAAAGGAUAGUGAGCAGCAUGUUAGCUUUGAACAACAGUCUGAUACUGUAGAAGAAGCCAACGUUGAGGAUAAUCGGCGUGGCACAGAGAAGAAGCAAGUACGCUGUGAAGAGAAGCUGCCUAGCUCUGAGGCAGAACAUGUUGGCGUAAAGGAUGAGCCAUAUACAGAGGAUGAGAGUUAUGCAGAGUAUGAGGAAAGCUUCGUAGAGAAACAGCCGUUUGAGGAGGAUACGAAUUACGAAACGACUGAGGCAAAAACAACCAACCGUUUUAAGGAACCAUUACCAUCUGUAGCAGAGCGAGUAAAACUACUGGAUAAGAAGAUUGCUGAUGUCGGGCCUGGGGACUGUGUCCCAAUAGAAGAAAACAAGUGGCUCCUCAGAGAGUGCGUGAUCAGAAAGUCCGUCUCAGAGCCUAUUAAUAUUUACAAGAACACAUCUGCGUUAACGGAAGAUGAGUGCAAAGACGCAAAAGAAGAUGUUCCAUACUCCCUUUUCGGCCACACCGAUCGGGAGGACAUGGUGAAGACUGUGAAGCCUUUUGUGGCAAAGUGCACCUAUUUUAACCUGCCUCAUGGCUGUGACUCAGACCCGUACCAGGAUGACCUAAGUUCUGUCAGCAAGGGCAGUGCCAUGGGUGACGUCUCGAAGGACAGUAAAGACAAUGCAGAGGAAUCCAAGUUGUGGGCUGAGAAGAAUGGAACCCUGCCAGAUUUUUCCCCUACUGACUUCAAGAUGCCAGAUAAUAAAGUGCACCCUCUAAUAGAAGGCCCGGGAGGUGGAAAGGUUGUGGUGGUCCAGCCUGGCAAAGGUCAGUCUGGCAAAGGUCAGACAGAUGUCAAGAAAAUUCCACAGGAGCCAGAUGCACUAGAGAUGCUCUACUUCUCCUGUGGCCAGCACUGCCCCAUCCUUUGA